AUGUCGGGUACAUCAAUAAAGCUCAGUUCAUCAUCCAUUACAUCAGAUACAGAUAAUCAACAAACAAAUCAAACAAAUUCCCAAUGGACUCCUGUAGUUAUAUUUCCCGAGAACAAUACUAUUUGUGAAGAGCCCGAAAUGAUUGGUGAUUGUGUAGACGAUGAUUUCUCAUCGGCCAUAUUCAAUCGUAAAUUAGAACGUUACAAAAAAUUACGUGCAAUACAUGAAAGAUCUGGUCGGUUAAUCAAAAGAACUUCCGAUUAA